UUGACUGACACUUCAUCGGCAGUUUUUGAAGAUGUAAGUCAUACAGCUGGAAAAGUUGAAGCGCUCGAUCAUAGAUUAACGCGAAACAUCGGUGUAUAAUUUAUUUAUAAUUUUAUGCAGUAAAUAUGAUAAUAGUGCAAAACUUACACUGAAUAGAAGGAACUCUUAACAAACAGGCUUUUAAAAACAUCAAUAGAACUGAAAAGUGAAGGUAGAAAUAAAAAUAAAAAAUCUAUUAAAAAAUCAAGAAAAUAUCAAAAAAGCCUCGAUUGAAAAACUGUGUAACAAAAACAAAUAUUAUCUGUGAUUAUUGUGUACCUACUUUACAAAACAAGGACUUUUUUUUUAUAAAUAUAUAGAAUUAGAAAAGAUUAAGAAACACUUAGAUUGCAUUUAAAGCUUGACACGUGGUGAUCGAAAGCUUGUUUGGUAAUAAAUAUAAUAUUACGAAGCAUUUAAUAAUCAAUUUCAAAGAGAAGAUGAAUUCCUCAGUAUCCUUCCUGUUGGUGAUGAUCUGUGCGGUCGUUUUGGCGGCACAACAAGGCCAGGCAAAGAAGGGCUGCAACGCUUAUGGACAUGCCUGCUACGGUGGACACGGAAAACGUUCUCUGGGCUCCUUAACGGAUGAGAUGCUAGCAAAUAAUGCAUACAGAAACGAAAGAGAUGAGUUACGUCCCAAUGAACUGUUACAAGCUAUGCCCAAUGAUGCGACCGGACUAUUAGCAGAAGGUGAAAUUGAAACAUUACCAAGAUAUCGACUUAUCAAGUUUAUGAGGUCAUUGUUGGGCGGACAUCUGAAGCGACCUGUUGAGCGACCCAAUGAAAUCGAUUAUCCCAUUUCAGCCGAGGGGUUUAGUCGGGAUGCCAGCAACAUCUUUAAUUAAGUUGUCAAACAUUUGAAUUCUACCCCAACCAACCAAACCAACCAGACUGCUAAAUUACCAAAUAUCUGUUGUGAAUGAAAAGUAAGGACCUAUGAGUUUACAGGGAAUACCAAAACAAUUUUUAUAACAAACUGAACAAGCAAAAAAUCUAAAGUUUUCCUUAAAUAUUUGUAUAUAUCUAUGUAAUAAAAAUGUAACUACUUGUAAACAUUGAGAAUGUGUUAUGUAGUACACGCCUAAAAUUGUAUAACUAAACGGCUUCAUCACAAAUAAUAAUGUAAAUAUAAUACAUAAAUAUAAUAAAAGAAAAUACAAACAGAGACAGCAAAUACAGGUGGAAAUUUAAUUUUUUUAACAUAAAAUCUGGAUUUUUUUAAACACGAUAAGAUGAAACUGAAAUUUUAUGGGCUGGAGAAUUUCAGUAUAAUCAUCUUUAACUAAUAAAGAAUACAGUUAAGAGCAUGGCUUCCACACGCACAGGUACAUCCACACAUACUUGUAUUGUAAAACAUUUGAAACUUUGAAAAUUCCUAUGCUGUCUUAAAUAAUUUGAAGUUAAACAGAAGAAGAUUGUGUUAUUGAGGAGAUUAGACUAUACGAUAGAAUUAUGAAUAAAAAAUCAUAGUUAAAACUCUAUGUUCCAAAAACAAAAUGAUGAAAAGCAAAGACUAUAGACUAUCUUUAUUUACCACGUAUGAGUAUGUAUGUAAAUGUUAAUAAAUUAUUAUAAAGCUUGAAA